GAGAGGAUGCACGAUGUUAUGUAACUCCUAGGUUUAUGCUUAUGAUCAAUUAGGACGACAAAUCAGAUGAGACUUUUCAGAAAAUGCUCACAGUGGAUUGAUUAGACAAACAUUGUCGAAGCAUAAUCAAAAUCAGACGCUCAAAUUCGAGAGUUUACUCUGAUGUGUGACUGAGAAAGAUCCAAUUUUUUUUUUUGUUUUUCCUGUUUCUUAUUCUUCUUUUACUUCUUCUUCCGGUACGUUUCUAGAUUCAAAGUUUCAGUUUUUGAAUUCAUCUCUUUUUCUUCCGAAUAUUUGCUUCAGUUAAAAUCCCAACCUUCGUUUCUGGGUUUCUAGCCCCAUCUUUGUUUUCUCUUACAAACGUUUUCCGUAAAUCUUGUCCGAUUGGAUUUUGUUACCAAAACUCUAUAUUAUAUUGGGAUUGCUUACAUAAAAAGCAAAUAAAACUGUUUUGGUAGCCUCACAAAAAACUGGGAUUCUUGUCUAAGUAACAGUGAUUUCCGAAAGGUGUGAGCUUUUAUAUGAAAAUGACGGUGGUGGAGAUAGAGGAAGGGGCUAAAGACAAUGCUGCAUCGACCCUAAAAUCGAGGCUCGCAAACCAAUCAAGGGCUCUUUUGUCGAUGCGUCUGCUUCAGAUUUUGUUGCUGUUCCUUGUUUUGACUCUUGGGAUCUCGCUUGUUGGUGUGCACAUGAUCAAGUUCUUGAAGAUCCAACCUUUGGCUCCUGUUGCUCCAACCACUCUGAUCUCUGCGCUUGACCAUGGCACUGUUUCUUUAGAGAGCUUUAUUAGGCCACCUUCGAAUGUCUGGCACACAAUGAACGACACUGAAUUGCUCUGGCGCGCUUCCAUGGAGCCACGGAGGAAAGUGUAUCCGUUUAAACGUGUUCCUAAGCUGGCCUUCAUGUUUCUCACCAAAGGGCCUUUACCAUUUGCUCCGCUCUGGGAGAUGUUCUUUAAAGGACAUGAGGGUCUUUACUCAAUCUAUGUUCAUGCCUUGCCUAAUUACAAGUCGAAUCUUUCAAGGUCAUCUGUGUUUUACAGAAGAUAUAUCCCAAGUCAGGCUGUGCAUUGGGGAGAGAUGAGUAUGUGUGAAGCUGAAAGGAGGCUUUUAGCCAACGCGUUGCUCGAUUUCUCUAACGAAUGGUUUGUUCUGGUGUCUGAAUCAUGCGUUCCUCUGCGCGGUUUCAGCUUUGUCUACAGUUAUGUCUCUGGAUCAAGAUACAGUUUCAUGGGCAGUGCUGAUGAGGAAGGACCCGAUGGGAGAGGAAGAUACAGAGAUGGGAUGGAGCCUGAGAUCACACUUGGCCAGUGGAGAAAAGGGUCUCAGUGGUUUGAAAUCAAACGGGCACUCGCUCUUGAGAUUGUGCAAGACACAACUUACUACCCAAAAUUCAAAGAGUUUUGUAAACCUCCGUGUUACGUUGACGAACACUACUUCCCUACAAUGCUGUCUAUGAAACAUCGGAUCUUUCUGGCUAACCGGACAUUGACAUGGACAGAUUGGUCACGCGGCGGUGCUCAUCCAGCUACUUUUGGCAAGGCUGAUAUAACGGAAACUUUCCUCAAGAAGCUUCCUGGAGCUAAAGCCUGUCUCUACAAUGAUCAGCGAUCUCAAGUUUGUUAUCUCUUUGCUAGAAAGUUUGCCCCGAGCGCAUUGGAACCCUUACUGGAACUUGCACAUAAGAUUCUUGGGUUGUAACAGGAUCUUGAACUCGUCGAUCUUGGUUCUUUUUUUUUUUUGAUUUUGAGAUAAGUGCUUCGGUUUAGAGUAAUGAUGAUAGACAGAACAGAUCAUUAAUUAAUGUUCCUCCUCUCCCACAAUGAUAUUGAUGUUACAGGUAUUGUGAAGGUUAAACGUAAUUUUUUUUUUUUGACCUGACAGAUGAUUGAAUAAAGAGAAGUUUAGUUUUUAGCA